AGACACACUUUCCCAACUUCCCAAGCCAGUUUUAUAACCGCUACAUUCACCGACGCACGUACGACGUAGAAGUUGUCUUCGAGUGUUUAGAUUUUUUUAAAGUUUGAAGAAAAAAGUUUUGUUAUUUUUGUUUAGUUUGGAGGCAAAUUAUUUCAAGAAUGGAAAAGUUUUGGAGGUUUUUCAUUUUCACACUCGUCGUACUCUUGUCGAUGCUGAUGGCUGCAGAGUCCAUCGUGCCACAGCCAAGAGCACCUAACUUCCAAUACUUUGAAAGGCCAAAGUAUCGGUAUCCAUACUACGACGAGAAUGGCAAAGGAAAACUGCUAUAUGGCUACGGAGGUCCCGAAUUGUUUCAAUACAAAUCCUACUCCCCUCUUGAAGGCAUUCACUAGUCAAUAAAAACAAAUAGUUUUUUUUUGGGAUUUGUAGUAUUUUUUGUAUUUUAAGUAGGUAAUAUAGUACCUACUCCGUCAAAAAUAAGAUACCUAAUUUAAGAUUUAAGACGCGUAUCUUGAAAAUUGUGUGAAAAUUAAUAUUUUGAAGAAUCUAUGAAUUAUUUUUCUACGGUUUUCAUUUUCUUUACGAGAUAAAUAAUACAAGUCUAAUUGUUUUUUUAAUAUUACGAGGCUGAUGUAAAAACAU